AUGGAGAUCCACCUCAACAGAGUUGAUUAUAUGCAGGUUGGAGUCACAUCCCAGAAAACUAUGAGGCUACUUCCAGCUUUGGGAAAAAAGGCCACACAAAAGGUCGCCAUUGCAGAUCACGAUGGUAUCCUGACGUGUUUUGGGAUGAAGAAGGGCGAGGCGGUGCCCGUGUUUAAAACACUCCCCGGGCAGAAGAUAGUGAGGAUGGACCUGGGAGGAGCCGCCGGAACGUCCCAGGAGAAGAUCUUUGUGCGAGGAUUCACCAAGAAAGGCAAACAGUUCCUCACCUUUGAAGCCAACCUCACCGAGAGCAUCAACGCCAUGCAUGUUUCCGGAUCGGAUCUUUUCGUGUGUGCGAGUUACAUCUACAACCACUACUGCGACUGCAAGGACCAGGACUACUUCCUCUCAGGGGACAAAAUCAACGACAUCACCUGUUUGUCCUCAGAGAAACUCUCGAGACCCGUCCCGGUUUUGGCCUGCCAGGAUCGGGUUCUCAGGGUCCUGCAGGGAUCUAAACUUGCCUAUGACAUUGAAGUCCCUGGCCCUCCAUCUGUCUUGGAGUUGUACAACAAAGAAGGAGCUGAUGAAGUUAUUUAUGGAACCACGGAUGGAAAAAUUGGACUGAUUCAGAUUGAUGAGAGCUCCGCUGCCACUAAAUGGGAGAUCGAUAAUGACAAAAGAAAAGGAGGGGAGGGUCACUUCAAAUCCGACAACAUCUCCACCAUCUCUAUUCUGAGCGACGUUCUCUCCAAAGAGGCCACCAAGAAGAAAAUCAACCUGAACAUUUCAUACGGUUUGAUGAUCCACCCAAAGCUGGAAUCUCAGCUGCUGCUGGCCAGGAAAGUCCAGCUUAUUGAUGCUCUGAAAGAACUUCAGGUUCACGAAGGGAACGCCGACUUCCUGAUCCCGGAGUAUCGCAGCAUCCUGGACGAGUCGGCUGAUUUAUUGGAGGAGUACAAAAAGCAGCCAGCUCACCUCGAGAGGCUUUACGGAAUGAUCACCGACCUCUUCAUUGAUAAAUUCAAGUUCAAGGGACAGAACGUGAAAUCAAAGGUGUCCUCGUUGUUGGAGAUACUCAAUAAUUAUGAUUUAAACUCCCUGUUAGAUUUUUUCAGCGAGGCCUGA